AUUCGAUUCUGUAGUUAACACGUAUAAAAGCAAGUCUAGGUUAAACUUUUGCUACGUGGAAUAGUGUCUUUUGAAGUUCAGGAAAAUGAUAAAGUUUCAUGUUAUUGAACACGGAUGGAAGUUUCUCUUUUUUAUCCUGUGGAUUGGAAUUGAUGUCGAACAAAAUGUUAGUUUGGCCGCCAGUAGCUCAAAACCAGGCCCAAGUAAUAAAUUAACAGAGAUAACCAGCGAAAUUUUAACACCUUGGCGAUUAUUGAGUGAUGAUGCAAUCAACUAUUUUAUAAAUUUUGUAAACGAAGCACAGAUGAAAAUGCCUUCAAUUAAGAAAAAAUACCAUUUGCUGGAAGUAACUGUUUCACAAUUUCCCGAUGAGUGCAAGCAUUUUGCAAAAACUGACCAAGACGAUGUUCAGAUAAUGUAUGGUGGCGCAGGUGGAGUUGUUGGAGGUGAAAACGCCAUUGGUCACUAUGUUUGCGUUCAUUAUCUACAUGAAAAACAAGAAGUCCACGUUUAUGAUAGCUUAUUGAGAACCAAUUUGAAUAGUAGGCAAACGGAAGUUUUAAAAGUUUUAUAUCCAAAGGUUGACCUCACCAAUUCAUUGCAUUUUAUACGACCCAAGACAACUCAAUAUGAUGCAAGUUCGUGCGGAGUCUUUUCCAUAGCAUAUGCAACAACAGUCAUAUUUGGAAAGGACCCACACACCUAUAUCCUCCAAUUGAGUACAACAAAACCGUUUUUUGAGUCGAGUGUUGAUUACUCUGUGUCUUUAAGGAAACACCUUAUCCGUAUGCUAGAAACUGAGAAUUUUUCAAUAUUCCCUGAAGGAGACCCCGCAACAGAACCAAUUAUCCCAGUACCACAACCAAGUACCAUGUCGGUCUAUCGUGAAAAUUACACCGAAAACGAACCGAUCGUUGAUACCAUAACUGUUGGUAAAAUUGAUGAAACUACUCACGAAUCACAUAAGUUCGUGGCAAAAUUAUUCUACAAGAUUAAGGGUGAUGAUUCUUUUUGCAUUUCCACUGCGACUGUGCUAUCCCCUACAAAAAUCGUAACGGCCGCUCAAAACUUGGCUAAUAGUGAAAAAGCUUUUUUGUCCUUCAAUACUUUGUCGACCAAAGACAAUAAGUUCAAGGUUGAUAUUAACAUGAAGUCGGAAGUCUUCAUACAUCCUCAAUACGAUGAGAGUGAUGCUCAUGCGAAUGACGUGGCGGUAAUUCUACUAAAAAAGCCAUUCGCAGCAGCUAAGGGAAUUAAAAUGGUGGCAAGCAGUUAUACAAUUUUUCAAAAUACUCCGGUCACCAUGUUAGGUUUUUCAUGUCAAGAAUUGGGUUAUAUUAAUACGACGGUUUCCAACUUUGUUUCUUGCCGCCAUCAGUAUUAUAAAAAAAAUCAAAAAUUCUUAGAAGAUGGAAAGCAAUUUUGUGUGCAAACUGGAAACAAUCGCAUCAGUACAGGCUGGAUUGGAGGACCGAUUGUAACAAGCCAGAAUGAAUUUGCUGGAAUUAUGUCGUAUGAUUACAAAGGCUUGCCCAAAGUCUGUACUUGUCUGUCGCAAUCCAUUCAUGAUUUUAUUUCCAAACCCAAGUAUUUUACAGCGAAAAAUAAAAAAGUUGGCUUUCCUUGGAUUUCCAUGAAAAUGAUGUUGUAACCAAUACAAGGUGUAUGUGAAAAUGAGAAUUUAUUGCCAUAAAAUGCAAGAUAAUAUUCCAAAGUUCUUCAAUAAAUAAAGAAAAAAGAGUAAUAAAGUGGAAAUUGAUCCAAAUGAAUAGAA